AUGAGAUGUAAAGGUAGAAUUCAUAAUGCGCCAUUAUCCGAAUCAGCAAAACAACCUUAUAUUUUACCAGCAAAUCACCGAUUAUCAGAGCUUAUAGUGUUGAACUCACACGAACUAGUUAUGCAUUCUGGAGUUAAUGCCACCGUUACACAAAUCCGUCAAACAUUCUGGAUACCGUCUUUGCGCCAAUUCACCCGAAAAUUACUUCACAGAUGUACAACUUGCAAAAAGGUCAACGGAAAACCGUAUAGGGCACCAGACCCUCUACCAUUACAAAAAAUAAGACUUCAAGAAGCACCGCCUUUCACAGUUACAGGUAUAGACUUUACAGCAGCGCUUCAAGUCAAGGAAAAUGAUGGUACAUUGAAAAAAGUUUACAUAUGUUUAUUUACGUGUGCGUCGACCAAAGCCGUACAUUUGGAGAUAAUACCAACUAUGAACGAAGAAUCUUUUUUACUUGGAUUUAGACGAUUUACAAGUAGGAAAUCAUUACCGCAGAUCGUUAUGUCGGACAAUGCGCUUUCUUUUAUUUCAGCGUCACAGGAGGUAAAACGGCUAUGUGAGUCAAAGAAAUUUGAAGAAGCUUUAUCUUCUUUUGGAGUCGAAUGGAGAUUCAUUCCGAAACGUGCACCCUGGUUCGGAGGGUGGUGGGAGAGAUUAAUUGCACUUACAAAAACAAAUUUGAAAAAGACACUAGGAUGUGCGUUAAUCAAUUUGGAUAUGUUACAGACAUUUGUCACAGAAAUAGAGAAAAUUCUGAACGAUCGACCACUAACAUAUGAUUCUACAGACAUUAUCGAUAGUGAACCGUUAACACCCGCGCACCUGUUGUAUGGACGCCGAGUUACAACAUUACCGUAUCCACGUACCGAAAUGGACAACAUUAACGAAACAUAUGCAUUGAAUGCUUCAGAUAUUUCAAAACGUGCUCAAAGAUUAUCUACUCUUAUUGAACAUUUUUGGAACCGUUGGAGAUUUGAGUACUUAACCUCACUUCGAAAAUUUCAUAAAAAGACUGGAGACAAUAAGAUUAACAUUAAAGUAGGAGAUGUAGUUCAAGUGCAUGACGAUAAACCGCGAAUUAAAUGGAAAACAGCAGUAGUGGAGGAAGUUGUUACUGGUAACGAUGGUUUAGUGCGUUCGGCGAUAAUCAGAACGAACAGUGGCCAGACUUCACGUCCGAUCGUCAAACUUUAUCCGCUAGAGAUCAACGAAGAUGAACUAUCAAAUACAUCAGAGGAGACGAAAUAA